CCAACUCCCACCCCCAAAAAUAUAGCCACCACCCCUCGAUCUUCGCGACCGCCAACCACAUCGCUGCUUUCUCCCCGAAGCAGAGCUGUCUGGUCCCUUUGAUUGUUUCCAGUUGGGUGGGGACGAUCUCUCUUGGUUUUGCGAGUAGGAGGGGAUUCCCGAUCUUCCUUCCCGUGAGAAAUCCACACCAUUUCCUUAGCAGAAAAAACCACUUCCCUAGGGAACCCAGACGUUUCUGACCAUCGUGUUAGACCAGCCACUCCACUUGGAAACCUUCCUAGUGCCCUCCGGUCCUUUGGAAACUCGAACCGCUAUCUACUAGGCUUUAUUCUCUCUCGACCUGCCUACAGCGCACGGCUCAUCGUGUCCCCACUGGUCCUGACUCCGAGCGACUUUCCCUAUGGCGAAUUACGUUUUUCAAAGAUAUGUCGUCUUUCUUUUUGGGCUUGUGUGAAGUGGGAUUAUUGAGUGGCAUUUUAUCGCUUCGAAUCUCGGUUUUUGUCUUGUGAAAACUCGCACUCUUGUCAAUUUUGACCGUGCACUAUCUCUCGUCGGGUUUCCUCCCAUUCUUUGAGAUCCAUCAUUACCUAUCCAGUCCUCACAUCAACAAAAGAAGAGCCAAUAGGUGCAUCUUGAUCGUUCGCCAAGGGGGAAGAAAGUUUCGAUCCAACCAUGACAUCGCAAGGAUCUACAAGCGGCGACAACCGCCUCUCUUUUGCAAAGAUCGCUGCAAUGAUCCCGCCACCACAUUCGGAAGAUUAUGUCGCAUCUGAUGAAAAGAAUGGUGUACAGUCAGCCGAGGAACCGGCAUGUUCCGAAUCACAGGGCCCGAAAGAUGCCCUUCCGAGCCAGGAAAGCUCAGUCCCGGGUGAGGCAAAUCCUGUCGAUCGAAACGUCGACAGUCUAUCACGGGCAGUGCACGACGUGCAUAUCAUGGGGAAAAAGGGUCAAGAGAGCCCCGACUUUUCUGAAGCUCGAGACGCUGGGACUCUGAAACGGGAAGCGUCUUUCGAAGACGAUCGUACACAUCUAUCGAACUCUUCGACCAAGCCGACCAGCUUCGAUUCCAAGAGCAUGGCAUCGGUCACCACUUUCGCAAUGGAUGAGAAAGACUCCUUGCGUCCUGACGAUAGCGCCAGCGUUCAGGCUGUCGACGAGGAGGAAAGUCUCUCGGGAGUGGCCUCGGGUGCACCCAAUUCGCUGACCGGGUCCGAGGCCGGCGCUCGGGGAUUCAGAGACUUGCAGAGGGCUCGAGCAACGUUGCAAAACAUGGGCCCUGUCUACGAUGGCGGUCAGAGAACCAACGGUGUCGUCAUGCCCGAUUCAGUAUCUAACAAUUACGUUGUGUCAAAUACCGAUUCCUUCUCCGGAGGCCAGCCCAUACCAAUGCACCCAUUCCCUCUAGAUCCGGACGAGAAGCUUCUGGAAGCGAUGAAAUCUCCAAAGGAUCGCCUUUUGAUUUUGCAAUUGGAAGAUAGAGUGCGAAAUUUCAUCGAGAAGUCCACGGAUCAAUCCUUGGAACUGCCACCAUCCAAUGCCUUCGGGCGACUCCUCGCGCAUAAGCUGGGUGAUUACUACCACUUAACUCACUUUGUGGAUAACAAUGUGACGUCCGUCCGGCUACAUCGAACACCUUUCUGUCGACUACCUACUCCUCUCUCUACCUUGCACGCUGCCACGAACAUUACACCACCCCCGGCCAUGCCUGCUAUGAAAAUCAUGCGCCGAACAGAUAGUGAACGGCCUUCUGCGGAAGGGAGUACGGCGGCAAGCUCGGGAUUUCUUUCCAAAAAUGGGUCAGAGGCUGGUGACAGUGGAAAUGAUGGAGAGCGUGGCAGCUCUUCGGCCGGAGCAACGCCGGCCAAAGACCGCAUGAUCUUGACCCGGGAGGAGCGCGAGGCUAAAUAUCAUGAAGUCAGGGAGAGAAUCUUCCGCGAUUUCCCUGAUUCAAAGUCUUCCGACAACACGGGUGGUGACCAAGGCGCCAAUAUGUCGCGAUCGAGUUCAACCAAUGGGCGCAAGAAGACACAGAGACAGAAGACUCCUCACGAUGACAGCUUUGAAGUGCGUUCUCAGUUUAACGCCUACUACCCCGGCAUGCACUAUGGUCAAGGCGUACUCCCAUACAACGUGGCUAUGAAUGACUCGUCGUUUCCCAACCAACCCUGCAUGGUAGGCCCCGGCGUGUCCCCGCCGGGAAUGGGAUACGUGCACAGUGGUCAGACCGGCGGCAUGUUUUCUGCUCCUAUGAAUUCCAUGCCGCAAUACCCCAUGCCCACGUCCCCGCAAAUGACUGCCAGUGGUCCCUGGCAAAACGGGGCUAUGGCCCAACAAUCUCCCUACUCUGGGUAUGCCACCAUAAACCAGUCACCUGCGAUGGCGGCGGCCAAGCCGUCUCCGACCAUAAACAACUACCCCAUGCCAGGUGCCGCGCAGUUCCAACAGGCGCCAUCGUCCUGGACUCCUUCCCCUUAUCACGGAGGAUAUCAGCAAACAACCCAUCGGAAUCAUCCGCCAGUUCCCUGGCAAAACUACUCGUCGCAACCCCUCAACCCGACCUCGUACCCCUACACUCAAUACCCGGGCCAGCCGAUGAACCCGGGAGUACAGAACCCUUCGGGUGCACAUCCCUUGCCUGGCAGCUUCACACGUCCAUCUUUCAAUCCCCAGACACGCUCGUUUGUCCCGGGCGGCGCUCCUUUGGCUCGGCACCCGAGCAAAGGCAAUCAAAACGGCAUCAACCCGUAUGCGGCCAUGCAGGCUGGCAUCCCACCCCCAGGAGCAGUCUUAGGAGGGCGAGAUUCGAUUGCGAAAUGGGGAACACCGUCUCAUCUCCCCCCUAAGCCACCACCAUCUGAAGUUCCGUCUGACUUUGACCUAAAGCACCGGGCUACUGGUGGCACCACUCACGCGUACUCCAACAAUAACAACAACGCACCAAAUCCGAAUAAAGGCCCGCUUGUUGUUUCUGGAGGCACGUCUCUCCCGCGGGCUAACUAGGGCCGCGCUGCCUUGUAUCCUCUAGCGAGGGGGUGUUAGAAUUCUUGAACAUCUGCCUCAAAAGAAAAAUAUCAAAGAAAUGGUCAACCCACGUUACAUGUUUGGUCACAAUUCCUAUUCAAACCAGCUAUUCUCUCUUCGAUUGGUUGAGUUGUAUAUGGCAAAAAUAAUCAUCUGGUCUUACUACGGAUUGAAGCAAUGCACGAGACGAUUAGCGGAUUGCAAACUCUUCCGGCUUGUCUGCGACGUCAUCUACCAUAAGCGGUUGAAUUGGUUGUUCCUCCUGGUAGUUAUCAUGUACGUUUAGAUUUUGCCGGACGUUAAGGUUGAAGAUACUGGUUUUAAAGAUAAACAAGGCUUAAGAACUCCAAAUGAAGAGUCUUUUUAUUACUUCGGAUUAUAAUGCUUAAGUAGGGACAGUGCAAAUCAUAGGAGAACCCCAGCCCCAAUUCGGAGGGGAAACAGACUGGCAAUCUGCAUACCAAGACAGCUAGAAUUACACGGAUCAUGACGGUCAAACAGGAAGUAAACUAGACAGAGAACGGAACAGAAAGGGAAAAUAAAUGGUUAGAUACAAGGACACUCAGCAAGAGAAGGCACCAGACAGGAAGCCCCAGACUGGUCAUAACAACUCCCUCUCUCCCUCUUCCUCUCUCUUUUCGCCCUCCGCUGCACCCAUUGCCCAAGCAAGAAAGAAUGAGCCGGGAUAUGCAACAUGCGACUUUAGAAAAUCAACACACUCACACGCACGCAUUAUUGCUUAUUCAUUGCUUCUCACCCGCCCCCUUGGCAGGCUUAUCCGCCUUCUUGUCAUUGAGCCCUAACCGACCAAUUUCCCGCUCGAGGUCCUCGACGCCGUCCUUUCGGAACUGCGUCACCUUGCGCACGUUCAUGGUGGUCAACUCGUUGAGGGUCUCGAGGCCUUGCGACCGUUGUCGGGCGAUGGUGCGGGCUGUCAGGGCAAAGCGCAUGUCCUUGGGACCGUCGACCAGUUCCAGGAUGGCGCUGGGCGCCUGGUCGUCUUUCUUGGGUUCGACGCGCAAUACCCGGGUGUAGCCGCCGGGGCGUUCGGCGUAGCGUUCGCGCAGCGAGCCGAAGAGUUUGGGGAGCAUCUCAUGGGGGGUCUGUUAGUGGGGGUGAGAGUUAGUUUCGUUGUUUCUUUGCUUUCUUCUUGGUCUGGGAUGAGGUUGUAGUAGUAGGACGCUGUGUAUUUUGAUGAGGGUACCAUUUCCCCGACAAAAAGAUCGAGAGAAAAAGAAGAAGAGAAAACUCCAACGAUUCAACACAACAACUGAGGGACCACACGGUGCACACAUACGUAGAAAAUUGACAAGGCGCGUUUCCGGCUGGACUCGGUGUUCUUCUUGCCCAGGGUAAUCAGUUUCUCGGCCAGUCGCUGGGCCUCUUUGGCCUUGGGCCAUGUCGUUGUGAUGGACUCAUGUUUGAUCAGGGAGGUGACCAGGUUGCGGAGCAGGGCCUGUCGAUGCGACGACUUGCGGCCAAGAUGGCGAAAAUUGCCUCCACCUCCGGCCAUUGUGAGGAUGUUUUGACGGUGCUUCUUUUAAUUCGGUGAUCGGAAGUAGUUUUUUUUCUAGCCAAGUCCGGGGGACAGGCAGGGGUGAGGGAGUAGCCAAUUAACGAAGCCGAACGAGUCCAGUGGUGCCGCAGACGAACGCAAUUCGAGGGAGGAAAGAUUGAGGGCGAAGUUGUCAAGACUGAAGAGGUCACGGAGGAGUUGAUGCCUGGAGGAUCAGGACGUGCAACUGAAAGGGAAGAUUCGACGUUCCCGCCGCAGCCAAUCGGAGUGGUGGAAGCGACCAGUCCCGAUCAGCCCAGACUUUCUUCGCUUUUCCCGU